AGGUGUACAACCUUACACUUAAACUAAUUUGUAUUAAAUUAUAUUAACGAUUACGUUUCGGUUGUAGUUCAGUCCGUUUUCAGUGAAAAUGUACAAAAGAGAGCGACUCUUAUUUUGAAAAUGGACUCUUCACGGUUGCUCAGUAUGUCUUUGUUUACAUUCCCUGCUCAAUCGCACUAAAAUACUGAGAUGAGUGAACUUCAUUUCCAGACGGACACAUACAUUUGAUCUAAUACCAGUAGUUAUUAAAGCCAGUUUCAUUACAGCAGGUGGAGGAAGCGGGUAAUGUCAAAGAUGGACCAAACAAUGCGUGAUAAGCUCUCACAACUGGUUGAGGAGUUGACUACCUCUGGAGAACCACAGUUAAAUCAAGACAAAAUGAAGGACGUGAAGAAAAUAUGCAAAGUUUCCACUGACUACGUUGAUCAUUUCUACCACUUGAUUAUGACCCAGCUGAACCAAGAGCACGGAGAGAUCCGUCUCUCUGCCUUCCAAAUGGUCAGUGAGAUUUUCAGCCGGUCGUAUCACUUCAGAGAUCUUCUCAUCACAAACUUUCAGGAGUUCCUGGAACUCACAGUAGAAACAGACACUGAGCAGCCGCUGCCUCCACCCAAAGAGGUGGCGAGAAAACUAAGGACACUUGCCAUUCAGACUGUGCAGUCAUGGCACGCCACGUAUGGAGAGGCGUAUAAGAAACUGUCUCUGGGAUAUCACUUUCUAAAGCAGAUUAAAAAGGUAGAUUUUCUUGAUGUUGAAGCAAGAACACUGGCUGAGAGAAAAAGACAAGAGGAGAAACAGAAGAGAUUGGAAAGAAUUUACAAAGAGAAGCUUGAAAAGGCCAAGCAGGAAAUGGAGGAAACGACGACUGAGAUUGAGGAAACCUUGACUGAGAUGAACAACUGCAUGAAACUGCUUGCAACCGAUGACUUAAACCUGUUUAAUGAGGAAGCAGCAGUUGCUAAAACCUCUGUGGGAGCCGAGAACAUAUCUGACCAACCCUGCUGCAGUAAAGACCUAAGCAAUGAGCAGAACGGAAAGAUGACCGAGAAGACAAAUGAUGAAGGGCUAACAGACAAGUCUAGUGACGAGAGUGACACAGAGGAAGUUCCUGAUGAGGACACGUUUCUCCGCAGCACUGGUUUAAUGUCUUCUAGAUAUCAGUUGGAGCUCAAUGUGUCUACAGAUUUAAAAUUGAGGGAGACGGAAGAGAAUGAGGCAUUAGUAAACACUGUGAGGGAUCUCCAUAGACUCAUCACAACCAGACACCUGCCUCUGGUGCAGUCCUGGAUCCAGGUCUUUACGAAGGUGGGUGUUGAGGAAGAACUGAUGAGGAGAGCCACUGAGUUAAAGAAAUCACUGGAGUAUGCCUUGAGAAAUCACGAGUUUCUUCAUAUAGACUACAAAAACAGAGAAAGAAGGGUGAUGAGAGCUCCUGAGGAUGGAGAAGAUGACGACGAUGAUUUUGUAGACGUGCCAGAAAAGGAGGGUUAUGAACCUCAUAUUCCUGAACAUCUGCGUGGAGAGUAUGGGCUUGAUGAAACUCCCUCAACGUCAACCGAUGGGGCCAAAGCAAAGCCAUCAAAACCUGUGGUCAAACAUCCUGUUCCUCUUGUGUCCUCCAGUCUCUCUCGACUCAAGAGGAAGAUGCAUGAUGAAGAGCAGGACCCCACCUGUGCUGCUGCAACGCUGCGUGCGCUCAAACAGAGACUUUAUUCUACUCCUUCCACAAGUAUGUCUACUGAGGUCGCGGUGAGCAGCAGUGACAAAGACAAAGCCUCUGUUAAGGCCCCUGUCAUUCCGUUUGGUGUGGAUCUUUACUACUGGGGAGAGGAGCAGCCCACCGCUGGCAAAAUCAUCAAGAAUGCAUCACAGCACCAGUUCUGGGUGCCUCAUGAGGUGGAGGAGGAAGUUGAAAAUGAGGAACUGUCUGCAGAGAUGAAGUCUAGAUACAUCACCUUUGCUGGGAAAUUUAAACCUGUGGAGCACAAGUGCAACGCACCAAUGCCAGAUGGAUCUUUGUGUGAACGUCAAGAUAGAGUAAAGUGCCCCUUCCAUGGACACAUUAUCCCUCGGGAUGAGCUGGGCAGGCCUGUUAACCCAGAAGAUGCACUGCGAUUGGAGAAGGAAAAGAGGAAGCGUGAGGAGGAGCAGCCAGAUUGGCGAGACCCAGAGCUCAUGAGGGAGAUUGAAGCCGUGACUGGAGAAGAUCUGGGCUCCUCAAAGACGUAUGGGAAGGGAAAGAAUGGCAACAAAGGAAAGUCAAAGAAAAAGUACCCAAACCUUACAGAUUUAAAGCAAAAUGCCAGUACCUCUCGUUCAAGACUAGAGAAGAAAGUCUUCAACAAGAGCUCCAUGAGACGAGUUACAGAGGUCAUGAACACGAUGGACAAGAGGAAACAUGAGAAAUUUUCAAAUCAGUUUAACUAUGCACUGAAUUAAAGGAUACAGCUCGCCACACCUCAGUUGUUUGGAUUAUUACACAAAUAAAAAAAAGUGCAUCAUUAUAAACUUUAGAUUGUCAUUUGUAAUGCCUGAAUUAUUUUAAUAUUUUUUUUCUG